CCGACAUUGAAAAAGGCAGUAAUGUAUGAUUGAAUGAAGCACUUUGUCAUACAGAUCCAUUGAAACCUGUUGUGUUGUUUUAGUGCUACAGCCAAAUAAAAUCAUUUGUAUGGUUCCUGUGACAUGUUUGAAAUUUAAGAUCGAAGCUGGCCAAGCCCCGGGUGUCUCGGUGUUUUAUAUACAUGAACUUAUAUAGUACAAUCUUUGAGAAUCCUUUUCUCUAAACCAAAAGGAGCAGACCUUCAUACUUGACGUGGCAUUUCGCACUUCGGAACAACCCAAGCAGGCCAACCAUUAAAGAAAUUAGGCAUGGCUACCGCAAAAGUUGCAGAUUCAUCAAGGAAACUGUUAAAAGAUGCCUUCCCUACACCAGCGAAACCAGAAAAGGAACAUCUUAUAGUUGCCGCUAUUGACUUUGGCACUACAUUCACUGGGUAUGCAUUUUCCAUGAAGAAACCUUUUGAGGAUCCAAUCAGCUGCAGCAUUUUUGAGACAGAGGGCUUGAGAAGUGAAAAGGGUCCCUCAUGCGUCCUGCUUAAUCCAGAUGAAACCUUUAACGCAUUCGGAUACGAAGCAGAAAGGAAUUAUGAGGAAUUGUGUGACACUAAAACCGACGGAUAUUACUUCUUCAAGCGCUUCAAAAUGAGCCUCUACAAAACCAAGAAACUUUCUCGUGAAACGAAGAUUAAAGACCUUAAUGGGAAAGAGCUUCCAGCAAUAGAUGUUUUCUCAAAAGUGAUUAAGCACAUUUCAGAAGAUCUUUACCAAAAGCUUGGUAAAAAAACGACGGGAGUUUCUCCAGAUGAUGUGUUGUGGGUUAUUACAAUUCCGGCAAUCUGGUCAGACGCGGCUAAGCAGUUCAUGCGAGAAGCAGCAAAUAAGGCCGAAAUCGAAGACGAACACCUAAAACUUAUUUUGGAGCCAGAGGCUGCGUCUCUUUUCUGCAACAUGCAAAAAUCAUGUAAAAUUGUGAAGGUUGACGACACAGUUGCAAUGGAACCAUUUCCUGUUGGACAAAAAUAUAUUGUUGCUGAUUUAGGCGGGGGAACGGCUGAUUUAGCAGUCCAUGAAAUUCUAGAGGAUCGCAAUUUGAGAGAGAUCGCAAGGUCAGAUGGCGACGCAUACGGAGGAAUUUUGGUAGACGAGGCGUUUCAAGAAUUCAUUUCUGAUUUUUUUGAAAGGAAUGUUGUUCAGCACUUACUGGAAACGAAACCCGAAGAGUAUAUUGAUAUUUUGAAAUCCUUUGAAGUAAAAAAGCGAGCAUUCCAAAGCAAUACACCAUCGAUUGUUCUCAAAAUGCCUUUUGCCUUCAAAGAUGCAUUCGAAGAUUGCGAGGUUUCUUAUGACGAUGCAAUUCGUGAGGCCAAUGAAAAGUACGCAGGAAAGGCUGAAUAUAUGCGUAAUGGUAAGUUAAAACUUUCUGCUGACAUCAUGAAAGGUUUUUUUGACAAGGCAGUUGAUGGUGUUGUCAAAUUCAUCCAACAGAUGCGCUCAAACGAUGAGCUUGGCAUGAUCAACACCGUUUUGAUGGUCGGUGGAUUUUCGGAAUCGAAAUACGUCCAAGAACGCAUUGAAAAUGAAAUACCUGGAGUUAGGCUCGUCAUUCCUACCGAUCCUUCACUGGCUGUUUUAAAAGGUGCGGUUUUGUAUGGGAAAAACCCACGAGCUAUUACAGAAAGAAUAGCAAGGUUCUCCUAUGGGUUUUCCGUUGCUAAACCUUUCGAGGAGGGUAUCGAUCCGGAAGAACUGAAAAUAAUAAGAAACGGACGAGAGUAUUGCAACGACGCAUUUAAGAAGUUGAUAACAAGAGGUGAAAUACUGAAAAGGGGCGAUGCGUUUGGCGACAUUAUUGGGCAUAUGGUAGAUGCCGAUAACUUGUUCGCCUUGAUGUUAUCAUCACUGCUUCCAGUUGUGUCAAAAGUUUACAAAUCAACAAAGGAGGAUCCAAUGUACACCACCGAAGAAGAAGAGUGUGAGGAAAUAGGAAAUCUGAUCAUACCUUCACCACCUACAGGGUGGCCUCCUGUCAGCGCUCUUGUUCAUGGAAUCAUCGUCGGUGAGAGUGAACUGCAUUCCUUUGCAUGCGACGUUAAAAGCAUGAAAAUAUACGAGGCAAAAUUUGACUGCCUCUAAAGUAUUUUAAAGAAGAAGGAACUCAUCUUCAAAAACUAGAAGCGUCGAGUUAUUGGCCGUUUACAAACAGCGCAAAUAUUUCACAUGGGGUAUAUGCACAGUCAAAUGUAUAUAUACUGAUAACAUCAAGGAUUUUUUUCUGUUCCUUUAUUUUAGUUUUGUAUAUAAAUAGAUUUGUUCUAAUUUCAUUGUUACCCGCUUUGCUGAUUAAUUAUGUUAAUGUAUCUCUCCACCAAAUUAAACUGGAAUAAAUAUGGGUUUUUGCGAUAAUAUCAAUAACCCGAUAAAUUCCAAUACGGAACAGAAGUGAUGCGUGAGGGGUAGUCAUAUCGAUAUUUUCUUUAUAUUAUAUAUAACAUGUGUUGCCUGUUUUGAAACAUUUCAAUAGUUCCUUAUACAAUGUGUGUAUACCACGUGAUAAAUUGCGUCAUAAAUGCUACGUCGGAAGGCAAUAUUUUGCUCCGAAUGAAGACUUUAAACAAAGAUAACUUCACUAUUUCUUCACCAUUUUAAAUGAAACAUAGCGAAGUCUACGCCGCUUACGGAGUACUACCUUCGGUCUUUUACCAGAGUUUGAUUUAGAGUUUAGUUUCUUCGACAAACCCCUUCACAAUACGGAAUGGUAAAGGUAAAAUGGUGUAGUAAAAGAAAAGUUAUAUAUGUUUUAAGUCUUUAUUUUAAGCAAAAUGUUGCCUUCUGGCGUAGCAUAUAUGACGUAAUUUAUCACGUUGUAUACACACACUGUUAUAGCUUUAUGAGUUAAAAUGAAUAAAAAAAUCAUGAUGAAAUUUAGUUCAUGAUAACAAUUAAACUAUGGGUUAUGUUCACCUGGUAUCACACCUUGUACACUGAUCACUUUACUCAUGUAGAUUGUUUAAGCAGAUUAUUCAUAAUUUGAUUAUAUAGUGCAUGUGGUAAUUAUUGAUCUAGUGUAUUCUCUAAUUAUAGCAUAUUUGCUUUUGUAAAUAAUGUAAUAUAAACUGUUUCUUAUAAAAGCUGGCUGUCAUUGAAUCAAUAUACAUUUAAAAGUACUACUAAUUGCAACUACUCUAGUAUUGUUUAACAUAAUACCGGUUAUUAUUUGUGUGUAAAAUCAAUAUCAAUGAUAAUGAAAUGUACAUGUAUUACCA